AUGGCUUCUAGCUUCUUCUCUCCUUUCUCCUCCUGCGUUCUUCUUAUCCUCUUCUUCUUUUCGUUCUUUGUCUUCUGGUUCGACUACGGUGACUCACACCCCGUCUUCGACCCGCAUUGGCACCCGGCGACCGCGACCUGGUAUGGCAGCCCCGACGGCGACGGCAGCGACGGUGGGGCGUGCGGGUACGGGUCGCUGGUGGAUGUCCGGCCGCUGCGGGCACGGGUGGGGGCGGUGAGCCCCGUGCUGUUCAAGGGCGGGCAGGGGUGCGGCGCCUGCUACAAGGUUCGCUGCCUCGACCCGGCCAUCUGCUCCCGCCGCGCCGUCACCGUCAUCGUCACCGACGAGUGCCCCGGCGGGUACUGUGCGUCCGGCCGAACCCACUUCGACCUCAGUGGCGCCGCCUUCGGCCGCAUGGCCGUUGCCGGCGAGGCCGGCCAGAUUCGUGAUCGCGGCGAGAUCUCCGUCGUGUUCCGCAGGACACCGUGCAAGUAUCCAGGGAAGAACAUUGCCUUUCAUGUAAACGAAGGAUCCACAAACUACUGGAUUUCGCUUCUCGUGGAGUUUGAGGAUGAUGAUGGAGAUAUUGGAGCCAUGCAUAUAAAACAAGCAAAUUCUGUGGAAUGGCUCGAGAUGAAGCACAUAUGGGGAGGCAAUUGGUGUUUCAAUGGGGGGCCUCUGCAGGGGCCCUUCUCGGUGAAGCUUACCACAUUAACCACCCAAAAGACCUUCUCUGCCCGGGAUGUGAUUCCAAGUAACUGGUCUCCCGAUGUCACCUACACCUCUCGACUUAACUUCCUUUGAUCGAAGAGAACACGAGCUCAGUGGUCUUACUGCAAGAUCUCUUAUCGUCUCUGUGUACAUGUCAUAGUAGCCCUCUCCGAAGGGGAGAGAGAGCGCCUUAACUUGUUUGAUGUCUGUGUGUGCUUGUAAGGACCCCAUCUUUAAGAUAUGAAUGGGAUCCUAAAAGUCCUCUCAAAGGUGAUGUUUCAGUACCUUACAAUCAGUUGACUCUUGAGGCUGUGGCUUACUUUCACAAGUGGGAAUCACAGGCUUUUACAUUCUUGUCUGUCGACUGUGCUGCUCAUUCGCACAUGGUGGAUCUUUGAACAAAGGGGCCAUCGGCUCCGGUGGUGGGACAAUUUGAUGGCAGACUUCACACUGCGAGGAA